AUGUUGAAUAAAUAUGACGAAUCACUUUCAGAUCUCAAUAGAUCACUAGAGAUAAAACCAGAUGAUGCUUUCGCGUUGAGAAAUCGAGGAGAAACUCACAGAAUGUUGAAUAAAUAUAACGAAUCACUUUCAGAUCUCAAUAGAUCACUAGAAAUAGAACCAGAUGAUGCUUUCACAUUGAGAAAUCGAGGAGAAACUUACAGAAUGUUGAAUAUAUAUAACGAAUCACUUUCAGAUCUCAAUAGAUCACUUGAAAUAAAACCAGAUGAUGCUUUUGCAUUGAGCAGCCGUGGAGAAACAUACAGAAUAUUGAAUAAAUAUAACGAGUCACUUUCAGAUUUCAAUAGAUCACUAGAAAUAAAACCGAAUGAUGCUUUUACAUUGAGCCGACGUGGAGAAACUUACAGAAUAUUGAGAAAUACAACGAAUCACUUUUAG